GCGGUUCUUUCGCCAGACUCGUUUGUACGUAUAUACGUAUGUAUAUAUGGUCGCGAUUGGAGAACGAAACCGCGUGAAUCGACCUUUAAAUUUCGAAUCCCCCACACGGUGAACGAGCGAGCGAGUGUUCACCACUCACCGAUUCACUCGGAUUGGAUCGACGAAGCGACGGUGCGUACGUAUCGCGAGACCGUCAGCGUAGGAUCGCCAGUCGGUUCGAAUAAUCGCCUCGUGGCAGGUGAAAAUCGGCGAGAGCAGCUUCGAAAAGAAACUCGAUCGUCUGGUCAUCGCGCGGGGCACGGGUACGCCGCGGGUACGCAAGGCCGCGCCUCGAUCCUCGAUAGAAAAUUUCGCUGCCGAUCGACACGGUGUGGUACGAACUACCCAGGAGACAGCGGGUAAACGUUCUCGUAGCCGUAGCCAUUCGUGAACCACCGCACCGCGUUCACUCGUAUUCAUUUUCUCGGACCGCGGACGCACGUUGCUGGUGCGCUACGAAGGGCGAGACAUGUCUUCGUUCAAGGGUGAUAAAGUCCCAUGUGCUCGGCUCUGUCACGUCGUCAAGUGGGAAGACUUCGACGGUUACGGGUUCAAUUUGCACGCGGAAAAAGGGAAGAACGGGCAGUUCAUCGGCAAAGUGGACGACGGCUCGCCUAGUCAGGCCGCUGGAUUACGGCAGGGUGACCGGAUCGUCGAAGUGAACGAGAUCAACAUCGCCAACGAGACCCACAAGCAGGUCGUCGAACGUAUAAAGGCCUUCCCCAGCGAGACGAAACUCUUAGUGGUCGACCAAGAGGCCGACGAAUAUUUCAGGGCCAACAACAUCGUUAUCAAGGGCACCAUGGCGAACGUCAAGGUGAUCAAGACUCCGGAGAAGAAUCCCAACAGUGUCGAGCAAGAUGAGCUGAACGGCAGCAGUGCCUCCAUUGACGAGAACGCGCAGAAGUCGACUGCUUCGAACGACACGUCGCAGAGCGAGAGCAGCACGGUAUCGAUGAACGCGAGAACGGAGAACGAGAACAAGAGCGAACGCGUGGAGAACGGGAAUGGGAACGGGACCGGGACGAGGAACGACUCCACGGGGCACGUGCAAACUGGAAACGGUAACGUCGAGCCCCGGCAGGGCCUGAACCUGAAGAUGAGCGCCAAAGAACUCAGAGCCCAGCUGGCCGCCCGCAAGAAGUACGACCCGAAGAAGGAAUCGAUCGGUUUCAAGGACAAGUUCGACAUCGUGCAGAAAUUGUAACAGCAUCGAACACCGGUUCGCCGCGCGGUACUCCUCGUACACGUGAAACGUCAUCUGUAGGCACGUACUUGUACGCGUACACGUUCGAGGACUCGAACGCGAGAACGUUCCCCGUUCGUUGCCGAAUCGUUCGAAAACGUGAAGGCAACGUCGAAUUGAUACGCAUUCCAAAUCGAUUGAACGCGGCGAGUCUCUAGUUCCACUGUGAGCUGUACGGUCGGUCAUCCCGCUAGACGGUUUUACCGCGGGCUCCCAAGGACGAUCACGACGACGGGACGCGACGCGAUGCCACGCGGAGAAAGUGUAGGACGUCGUGCCUACCGACUUUUACCAUGUCUCAUCGAGUUUACGAUCAUCGUUGCCGAUCGUUCGGACGAUACGUAAAGAUGCGUGUACGUCAUUUUCGACGUAGAAAGGGAAACCUCGAUGGACCCGAUAAAAACGAUGCGACACAAUUGAAUGGUGUGGGAGUUUUCACGCGCGAGAGAGUCUCAGGACUCGCAGGAAGCCCGAGUUUCGUUGCUAUCCGACUCUGAGUCGACAUUGCUAAAUAUUACGGCAACCUGUUGUGCAAUCCUUCAAUUAUCGUCGUCGUGAUCCUUUUGCGUCGUCGCGUUCCAUACUUUAUGCGAAUACUUGGAAAUUGUCCGUUGUUUUUUUCGCACGAUAUUACCUGCAUACAUAUUAUACAUACAUUCCGUUUCUAUUUCUUUAGCCUUUGAUCAAUUAAACAGCGCGUUCGGUAACACGCGGAAACGCAACGUGCUUCUCCUAAGUUCGCGUCGUUGGCUCACGAUCAGUAAAACUCUGUCGUCGAUCGUUUGCUCGUUCACGAUUUAAUUUUAUCUAAAUGAUGUUUAGUAGGUUUAGGAACGACGAACAAUGAGUUUAUCACGAUUUUCGUACGACGCAGUUUUACGCUCGGAACACGUUUACCGAUCGGAUCGCCUGUUGAAACGAGAUAGGCCGCUUCUACUCCGCGACUUCGACAAGAAUCGUUUCGUCGAAGUCGUUGUUCCGACUUCGAAAUCAAUUUUAUACACGUACGGAUACGUUUCCAUGAACGAACGUUGCUCGGUCGUCACGGAAACGGUUACGUAAUUUAUUUUUUCAUUGUCGGUGAAAUUUUGUUCGUUCGAGCAGCGGUGCACGCGUCGAAUUUUGUAAUCGCGCGUUCCUCGGUCUACCACGUGUCGGACGAACCCGAGUUUUGCGAUUGGUCAAGAGAGAUCGAUUUAUGCUCUGCACCGAACGCGCGCAACACUUGUUUUUUCCCGCCGCGUCGCGACGCUCUUGCGAGGUUCGAUGCACAAGCAUAUUCGUACAUGUAAAUACUAGAUUUCCAUGCAUCAAGGUCGGUGCGAAGAAGAGUAAUUGUUGUCGCGAUAAUUUUAUAAGUACGCGUUCGAGAAUACGACUCGCAAUCGCCUUAUUGCGAAAUUGACGACCGUGUCGACUGCGUCGAGUGUACAUAUAUAAAUUUUCUGGAUGAAUAAAGGAAUAAAAAGAAAAUA